AUGGCGAGCCAUAGAACAGCUUCUUUCCCUUCGGGAGUUGUUCGCGUGGCGGACAGCGACGAAGCACUGGACUGUUUCACUCCUUUCAUUGCGGGAUUUUCCAUGCCGAAUCUGAACAAAAACAAGACUCUCAAAGCCGAGUGGCGUAGUGUAUGCCGCGCCUUGGGACAUCGAGAGAAAGUCCAUCCGGACCAUCUCCUCUUCAGCGCUCCCGACGUUAUGUUGGCCUUUACUCGACAUGCGACCACGCUGCCAGACCUGAUGGCGCAGGUGCCAUUCGCUGCGACCGGGGACGUUAGGGUUAAGAACAGGGAGGCUUGCCUUCACCACGCCGCCUUGGUCGUCAGGCCGACGGAGAUUCGACACAUCCAACGUUGCGUUCAGUGGGCUCUGACGCAUAGUUUGGGCUUGACUGUGCUCGGUGGGGGCCACAGCGGCCAUUGUCUGUGGCCGAACGUCGUAUCGGUCGACAUGGGCGCCUUUGAUAAGGUACAUGUACUCACUGGCAAAGAGGGUGGUGCACCAGGUUCCAAUUCCGGUCCCUUGGUUGUCGCCGAGACCGGGUGCAAAUCAGGAGAUAUUGUCCGUAAGGCCAUGGCAGCGGGGGUAACAGUGCCGCUUGGAGCUCGCCCAAGCGUGGGCGCCGGAUUGUGGCUACAAGGCGGCAUUGGGCAUCUAGCUAGAGUACACGGGCUUUCGUGCGACGCCAUUGUUGGUGCCGUGGUCGUCAGCGUCGCCUCCAGCCAGAUCCUUUGCGUUGGCCAGGUGCCAAGCCAGCACCGGCCGGCCGUGGCCGUGCACCCUGAGAACGAAGCCGACAUGCUAUGGGCGAUGAAAGGCGCCGGGACCAACUUUGGCAUCGUUGUCAGCGUUACCUUCAAAACUUACUCAGCUCCAACCUAUUCCAUUCGCAAUUGGGUUGUUCCGCUAAGCGAUACUCUCGAAGCGCGACUAAAGCUCAGCGAUUUCGAUGAACUCGUUGCCAGGAAGCUACCGCGCAACAUUUCGGUCGACGCGUAUCUCUACUGGGAGACCGACAAGUUACGUCUUGGCGUGACCAUGUUCGAAUCUUCCACACCACCGGGGCUCACGGCGGAAACACCUACCCCUAAAUCUCGUUCUGUUGAUGCAAUACUGGGGUUGGAAGGCCAUUCCAAGACCGUGGACGGCGUCGGCUUGUUUGAGGCCGAAAUGUAUAUCUCGGGAAUGCAUGGCGGACACGCCGGCGGCAAGACCUCCUCGUUCAAGCGCUGUUUAUUCUUGAAGCGUAUCGGAGCGGCAAAUGUCGCCGAUAUCUUGGUGGCCGCCGUCGCAACUCGUCCGUCGCCACUUUGCUAUCUGCACCUGCUGCAAGGUGGCGGAGCGGUCGGGGACAUCGCGGCGGCUACCACGGCUUUCGGUUGCCGAGACUGGGACUUUGCUUGUGUGAUCACUGGUGUCUGGCUCCGCGACCAAGAUGAUAGCGAGAUUGCUCGAGCUGCCGUCCAGUGGGUUUACAACGUUGCCAGGAACUUGUUGCCGUUGAGCAGCGGGGCUUAUGCCGCCGACCUCGGGCCGGAUCCCCGAGACGCUAAACUAGCAGCCGAAGUGUUUGGACGGAACGGGCCGCGCCUAGCCCGCCUGAAACGCAGCUUGGACCCCGGCAAUGUACUGGCUUACGCUUGCCCGCUCCCAAAGGCUCCGGUGGAGCCGAAACUCAUCAUUCUUGUGACGGGUGAAAGCUGUGCCGGCAAGGACUAUUGCGCCGACAUUUGGGUGCCCAUGUUCGCGGGCGGCCACAAAGACAUCAAGGCACGUGCGGUCAGCAUCAGCGACGCGAUCAAGGCAGAGUACGCAGCGGCUAACGGUGCCGACCUUCGGCGCUUACUUUGUGACCGUGCCUACAAAGAGCUUCACCGGUCAGCAUUAUCGAAGUACUUUCAAGCACAGGUGAAGCAACGACCCCGGCUGCCAGAGGAGCACUUUCUCAACGUUUUAGACAGCGCCGUCGAAAUGGACGUGCUGUUCAUCACUGGGAUGAGAGACGAAGCACCGGUUGCAGCUUUAUCGCACUUGGUACCAGAUAGCAGACUGCUCGAGGUUAGGAUCGAAGCUAGUGCAAAGAUGAGGCAGAUUCGACGAGGGAGCCCAGGCGGUGCUGACGUCGGUACGGACAACAGUGGCAUCGAUGGCGGCGAAGCUUGCAAAGACUGCAACAGCCGUCCCAGCCUCAUCUUCAGCAACGAAACGAUCGGAACCGAGGGAGCCAAGACGUUUUGCGAAAGCUUCCUCCUUCCCUUCAUCAACUCAGACCUGCAGCAACUUGCCAGUAUGGUUCGCCCGGUGCCCAAUUUUCCCCGUACGGGCGUUGACUUCCGCCACGUCCUCGACAUCUGCCAGCAGCCAGGCGGGCUGGCUCUGAGCACGGCUCUGUUUCAAAGUCACUUCACAGGUGACUGGGCUAAAGUUGAUGCAGUGGCCUGUUGUGAGAUCGGGGGCCUUGUCUACGCAUCGGCGUUGGCCGCGCAGGUCGGUGUGCCACUGGCGCUGAUCCGCGAAGCCGGCAAGCUUCCUCCGCCCACUAUUUCCGUCGCCAAGGACUCCUCGCAUAUCUCGUCCCAGACAUCGAGAAAGGUAAGAGAGAAACGGAUCGAGAUGGGGCGCGAUGUGUUGUGUAGAGGCGCGUCAGUGGUCGUGGUCGAUGAUGUUCUUGCCACUGGGAAUACGCUCUAUGCAGUGUUGCAGCUCUUGCGCAAAGCCGGAAUUGAUGCGGAGGAUGUCAACGUCAUGGUCGUGGCUGAGUUCCCGUCUCAUCGUGGCCGAGACCUACUACGCCGGCAAGGCUUUGGAGGAACUAAAAUUCAGAGUCUUUUAGUCUUUGGCGGUGCUUGA